CGAAAAUCGCGCUCGAGGCCAGGCCAGCGGAGCCAGUUACUCCACAUCGAUCGCGGGCUGCUAUUCAUAGUCGGACUACAGGCCAGUUGGCUGCAUCACUGUUCUCUUGUGCGUGACAGAGACGCGAGAAUACAAAAUUAAAUAAAUAUGGGUGUUCCGGCGGGUGAUGUAGAGAAAGGAAAAAAGCUUUUUAUUCAAAGAUGCGCACAAUGUCAUACCGUCGAAGCGGGUGGCAAACACAAAGUAGGUCCUAAUUUACAUGGACUUAUAGGUAGAAAAACUGGUCAAGCUCCGGGUUUCUUAUACACCGAUGCCAACAAAGCGAAGGGAAUCACUUGGAAUAAGGAUACCCUGUUCGAGUAUCUAGAAAAUCCAAAGAAAUACAUUCCCGGCACGAAGAUGGUAUUCGCCGGAUUGAAGAAGCCCCAGGAGCGGGCCGAUCUUAUAGCUUAUCUCGAACAAUCGACGAAGUAGGCGCCUCUCCCACGUGCAUGCUACCGCAUCGCGGAAUUCGCGAGGGAUGCGAGCGAGCGCGCGAGAUGCCGCGUAUGGCAUGCGAGUCGCGAUAUUAGUACGAUUAUCAUCUCAUCACGUCUUGUCAUCUCACUCGUACUGUUCACCCCAUGGACUCUCCUCUCGAUGGUACUCAAAAGCGUUCGCAAUACGUGUUUAAAUAGUAAAUUGUUAUUGUUGAUAAGUAGAUAAUUGCAAAUAUGUACAUGACGUGACAAUUGGGUCGGGCUAGCCCCGACUCUGCUUUCUUUCUUCAUUACACCGAAGAGAUAUUCUCAGGAGCGCCAUUAACGCCCGCCAUGCGAGUGGUUGAGCCACUCUUCCGCGGAUCUCGCGUCCUUAAUUAUUUAUUAUCAUUGUACCAUCCAGCGAGUGUUGAUCUGUAAAUCAAAGACAAAAUACAGACUAGGCAAUUAAAAA